AUGUUUUCAAGUGAGGAACCUCCUUAUGUCCCACACCAAGAUGCGCCGGAUCCCAAACCUCCUGUUUCGGCCAAGCACGAGCAAGUGAAGGUGGAAGGCGGGGCUGGCUUCACCGUGGCCAACCAAGCCUUCCGAGCCCACGAAGGUGAUCCGGUGCGACCAAAGGGAGCUGGAUUCCUGCCUUUCGUUCGCUUCGACACGGCUGCAGUAGCGCCGCAGAUCAAGGGUGGCGACCACAUUUAUUUAAUCUUUACAUACUCGGAGGCUGCUAUCGAAGGCAAAGAAGACGGGACGGUUGCUGCUGAAGACAAGGAGCUCAAGGGUUCCUGUGUCUUCCGCGUUUGGCGGAAAGAUGGAACCAAUGCCGUAUGCAACGAUGGUGACGACGUUUUCUUUGAGCACGUGGACACGGGCAAAUAUCUGGAAGGCGCGACGGACACGAAGCCGUUGUCCCUGGCAGACAAGGACGAGAAUUCUUCCGGGCAGCUUUUUGGCUUCUUCAAGCAAGGUCGCCCCAUGGAGAUGAAGCACCGCGACACGGUGUACCUGCAGACGUGGCUGCACAACUACGUGGAAUACAGGUACUUUGAGGACAGCAACUUGUAUGCUAAGCGAUGGCAGCGACGGGAACCACAAACCCUGACUGUCCUCAAAAAGGCUGUGUUGGACUCGUCCACGACGGAGGUCGCCCGAAAGUUCCAAUUCCAAGCUUUUGAUCUUGACGGAAACGGGACCGUUAGCAAGAGCGAGAUCGACAUGAUGGUGACGCUCGUCAGAGGUGCUGAGCCGACUGUGGAAGAAAUUGAGGAAAUCAUGGUAAAGGCGGAUCCUGCCCACACCGGCAACAUUCCGUUUCCUUCCUUCGCUUCCUGGGCGGAUGCCGGUGGCAUGUCGGAGGAAGAACUCAACCAUGCCGAGGUGCUCGGAAACAUCGCGCAGCGAUGCUACGAUUCUCUGCACGAAGAGAAAUGCCUCGUCGAGGUGCUGGGCACCGUCGACGGCAUGACCGUUCAAGGAUUGGUGUCUCAGUACGCAGAGAACCUCAAAGCAGGAAGCGUCAGUGAUCGGAUUGUGGAGAAGGCCGCUGCCGAGUCGGAUGGCUGGUUCUUCUCUGGCAACUGGAAGAAUGCCAUGAAGGCAUUGCUGGAACCCGAAGUCGACCUUUGGGUUCGUUGCCUGAAUGAUGCGAUGAAGGGCUGGGGCACUGACGAGAACUCGUUGUCAGCACUUGUUUGCACCAUCCCGGAGCGACUGCGCAUUCCCAUCUUCCUGAAGUAUUACGAGACGGUGGGGAAGGGCCUCCUCGAGCAUAUCGAGAGUGAAACCUCCUUCAGCUAUAAGAAGGUCAUGACAUGGCAAGCAAUGGCCCCUGAAGAUUGUCGUGCCAAAAUUCUGAAUAAAGCCAUGGUGGGCAUGGGAACGGCUGAAGACCAGCUGAUCCGAGUCAUUUGCCAGCUGAAUUUUGGGGAGCGCAGGGAGGUCAAAGAAGCCUAUCAGCGCAUGUACAACAGAGACUUGCUGGAGCACAUCAAGUCCGAGACAUCGGGAGAUUUCCAGAAGGCAUUGCUUGUCAUGCUGGAGGCGGAAGAAGCGCCCUUUGAUCUGGAAGCAGACUGUGCCGCUAUGAAGGAGGCCAUGGAAGGAUGGGGAACUGAUGAGAUGACCCUCACGCGCAUGAUCUGCAACAAGACGUCGAAGCAAAUGGAGGAUGUGAACGCGAAGUUCAAGGAGCUGUAUGACAGGGAUCUGCUGGAGUGGGUGAAGAGUGAGACCAGCGGGUAUUACAAAGAUACGUUAGUCGGAUGCAUCCGUCAUCCCAUGAAGCAGUUGGCCCACUCAGUGAGGGAUUGCAUGAAAGGGUGGGGAACAGACGAUGAGGGACUCAUCACAUGCCUGGUUCACUUGGAAGACUUCAAGAAGGCCGCCCUCAUCAAGGAGUACAACCUUGAGUUUGGACGCGAUAUUUUCAAGGACAUCAAGGCCGACACCAGUGGUGCCUACGAGAAGGCAUUAUGCAACCUUGUUAAGCCCGCUCCACAGGUUUGGGCGGAGUCCUUGACAGGUGCCAUGAAAGGCUUGGGAACGGCUGACUGCCUCUUGAUCAACUUCAUGGUUUUGGCGAAAGAGGACAUGAUGGAGGUCAGAAAGCAUUUCCACACUCUGAACGGCAAGAUGCUAGAAGACUGGAUCGAGUCAGAGACCUCCGGUGACUACAAGAACACGCUGCUUAUGCUGGCAGGACGAAACAGCGAGGAGACCAUCAGUAUCGCCCCUGUCUACUGGGCGCAGCGCUGCAAAGAUGCCUUGUUCAACGUUGACACGGUGAAAGAGGUUCUUGUCUCGAUGCCAGCAACGGCUAUCAAGCGGCACACGCAGCUGUACGAGGCGGUGUAUGGUGCCUCUUUGAAGGAAGAGGUGGAGAAGAAAUGCAACGAGAAGGGGACCUUCUUCUUUUUCACGAACUGGUGGAAGCAUGCCAUGAUGUCUCUUCUCUACAUGCCAGUGGAGCUCUAUGUGAAGGGGCUUUGGGACGCUAUGCACGGCUGGGGCACAGAUGAGUACACUCUUACGGGCUUGGUGUGCACCUUGCCUGAGAACCUCUACGAAGAGAUCCAUGGCCUUUACGAAAAGACCCACCAGAGGAAGCUGGUGAAUCAUAUCGAGUCAGAGACUUCCUUCAACUACAAGAAGGUCCUGAAGUACCAGGCCAUGCCUUGGGCCGAGAGUCGCGCAACCGCCUUGCAUGGUGCGAUGGCUGGCUGGGGCACAUCCGAAGAUCAGCUGGUUCGAAUCAUCAUCUGCUCCACUUUCAAGGAACGGGCCGUCAUCAGGGAAACCUACAAGAAGAUGUUCAACCGAGACCUGAUUCAGCACAUUGAGUCUGAGACAAGUGGAAACCUGAAGAACAUCCUCAUCGCUGUGCUGAAAUGCACACACCCAAAGGCCUCAGUCGACUAUGAUGCGGAUUGUGAGAAUCUGAAGAAGGCCAUGGACGGAAUCGGAACCAAUGAAAAGGCAAUCAUACAGAUUGUUGCUGGCAAGACACCGCAACAGAUAGAGACCCUCAAGGAGAAGUACCAAGAAAAGUUCGGGGAGGACCUCUACGCGAGAAUCGACAGCGAAACAUGGGAUUAUGGAAUGAGCAUGUUCAUGACACCCAACUUCAGGGCGGCUAUGCUGGGUCUGAUGAGGUCGCCCUCUGAACGGCUCGCAUGUGCUGUUCGGGACUGCAUCGUGGGUUGGGGAACCGACGACACUGGUCUCAUCACCUUGCUCGUCCACCUCUCAGAGCGACAGCGGCGCGAUCUCGUGGACAAGUACAAGGAGAUCAAGAACGGGGGUGACAUCUACAAGGCCAUUGAAGGUGAUACGAGUGGCGACUACAAGCGUGCACUCCUCGCGUUGGUCAAGCCUCCUCCAAGAGUAUGGGCAGAAGCCUUGUUAUCCUCGAUGAAGGGCCUGGGAACAUCUGACAACCUGUUGAUCAAUUGGAUGUGCAUUGCAAAAGAGCGCAUGGAUGAAGUCCGAGAGCACUUCAAGGAGCUAGAUGGUCGGGGUCUGGCUGCGUGGAUCGCCAACGAGUGCGGGGACAAUGAUUACAAGGACACAUUGGUUCGGUUGGCGAAUCGGCGCUGCGAGCGCUUCUCCGGCCAGGAGGUUGGCCUCAGCAUCGCGCCACCUAUGACCAAAGAGGAUGGAAUUCUCAAAUUCACGACUACCUUCAACAAGCUCUGCAAAGCUCGCCGAGAAAAGGGUGACAACAUCAUUCCCGGCGAGGAGGACCAGCAGGCCAUGGGUAACGCCUUCUUGUACUACGGCUCCUUGUCCAGCUGCGCUCCGAAUCUGGACAUUCCCGGCCUGUGGGACCUGACCAAUGCUUGUGGCUUCCCACCUGGAGAUGAUGGUCCGGACCUCGUGGCAACUUUCCACGAAUGGGAUGUCAGUGGUACCGGUGAAAUCACUUGGAACGACUUCGUCCGGGAGAUGACGACUCGAAUCAACGACCCUGGCCACUUCAAUGCGGAUCCGCUCCCCGAGAGCAUCGACCAGAUUUCCAUUCCAGACAAGCCGUUGGGAGAUGGCUACAAGAACUUCGUCAACAGCUUCAAUGCGUCAGAUGCAGACUACGAGGAGUUCGACGGUGACUCUGGAGCGCCAGCCCCACCGGCUGCGCCGCAGGCUGUCGACAUGUACGCAGCCUUCACGGACGGAAGCUGGAAAGACGUGCUCGCCAGCGUGGAGCCGGAGUGUGAUGGCGAAGGCCUCCUAGCCGGGCUCUGGGGAGACUGCAUCGCGGCUGCCGUGCGGGUGGAGUGCACGGAGGACUGGCAAGGCCGCUUUCCGGAUGCUCCUGUCGGCCUCGUGAUCGAUUAUAUGUGCUCAGUCGGCCACGACGGCUUCGCUGGACAGGCAGAGGCAAAAGAGCAGGCCUGCAAAGCAGCUCUGUGA